AUGUUGUGGGAGGUGGUGGUGGGAGCUACGCUGCUGACACUGGCCGGGGGGAACUACCCCCAGUUCGACGCCAACACCCAGAUGAGCAACCUCCUCCUGCCCGCAGACGCCCGGGUCGGCUCCGUCAUCUACAGGCUCAGGGCUACAGACUCCGACAGGGACUACCCUCUCAGGUUCGCUGCAACGGAUUACGGCUCCUACGUCGUGCGGGUCGAGGACCUGCCGUGCAGCAGGAAGAGCUCGGCCUGCGAGGCCAAUGUGUUCCUGGAGCGGAGCGUAUCCCCGGGUCAGGUCUUCAAGUUCCGGCUGACGGUGAGGGACACUUCCGGCGACACCACCACCUCCGCGGCGUCCAUAAGGGUCACUGACGGCGUUACCGACUUCCAGAAUGUCUUCCCCCACAUCCCCGGCGUCAUCAUGAUUCCGGAGGAUACCAAAGUAGGUACAGAGUUGGAGUAUGUUAUAGUUAGGAAGCAUCCUCGUUCUUUAAGACCUGCGCACUUGGAAUUGGUCGGUGGAUCAGAAUUCAAGAUCAACCAGACAUCAAAGAAGGAUACAACGACUGGGAUCAUAUUAUUAACACUGCCACUAGAUUAUGAAGUGAAAACUAUGUACAAAUUAUCAGUUUAUGCUAUGGGAAUGUGGACGGAUACCGACACUGACAGCAGAAACGUUGCGGGUUUUGAGCUGGUGGUUGUCGUCAGUGAUGUACAAGACACUCCCCCUGUUUGGGAUGCGAUAGCUCCAAUCACGAUGCUUAGCCCCAACCUCACGAAGGGAGACACGGUGUUGAAGGUGACUGCUAAGGAUGGGGAUCGAGGCUUGCCCAGGGAAGUCAGAUACGCUCUAGUUGCUGAGAAGAAUCCUUUCACAGUAUUCUUUGACAUCGAUCCUGUUACAGGAGUCAUCCGCCUGGUACGAGAACUGCGAGAGCUGACUGCUAUAUCGCGCUCUCAUCAACCCAUCCUCCUCACAGUAGUCGCUGAAGAAGUGGUACCCGAUGGAGGUGUCGGAGACUCCAGCACAGCGACUGUAGCCCUGCUUCUUGGAGAACUAGGAAACAGUCCACCAUUCUUUGAGAGCAUGAGUUACUCCACUCAUUUACCUGAAAAUAGCCUGCAAGGAACAGUGCUGGUGUUCGAUGACAACUAUAUUACUACAGUUAAGGACAAUGACAUGGGUAAGCAUGGUGUAUUUGCACUAAGCUUGGAAAAUAACAAUGGCACCUUCGAAAUCUCUCCUGCGGUAGGAGAAAGGGAAGCCGACUUUGUCAUCAGAGUGAGAGACAACAAACUCUUAGACUUUGAAAAGAGAACUCAACUGGUCUUUAAGAUCUGGGCUAGAGAAGUGAACCCAUCUGAGAACCCGCUUUCAACCAGCGUUGACGUCACGGUCUUCUUAACAGACGUAAACGACAACUUUCCUGUAUUUUCCUCAGCCAAUUACAGUGCGGAGGCGCCUGAAAAUGUUACAGCAGGUUACAGAUUGGUACGGGUGGAGGCUAGUGAUGCGGACACAGGGGACUUCGGCGUUGUCAAAUUUACUGGAAUCUAUGGCAAGAAUAACAACUCUCUCAGAAUAGAUGAAGAUACAGGCCUCAUCACCAUAGCUACGGACAGGCAUGGAUUUGACAGGGAACAAUCCUCUUCAUACCGAUUUCAAGUGGAGGCACGAGAUGACAGAGGUAAUGGAAACAGAGCCAGGGUUGAAUUCUUUCUGUUCGUGCUCGACGUGAAUGAUAACGUUCCAAGAUUUCUCAAAAACCCGAUGGAGUUCAUUCUAGGGCCAGAAGGGACCAAUUUCUCUCAGGCAGCUUAUAUCAAAGCUGUUGACGACGAUUCAGAACCUCCUAACAAUGUGAUACGCUAUGAGAUCCUCAGCGGCAACUAUGACAACAGAUUUGCUGUUGAUCAAGAGAGUGGAGAGAUGUCUGUGAACGUUGGUGGAAGAAGAGUUCGGCAAGUGACUUUGGUUGCUACCCUCCUCGUGAGGGCAUACGAUUUGGGAGUUCCGACCCUUUGGACAACCGGUGAAGUCAAAAUUCUUCCAGCUCUUAGCCAAUCGAGAAUUAUGCAGUUUCUUCUGCCAGGGAAGAAUCUAGACCCUAGAUCAGUAGAGACUACGCUGACCAAAGUGACUGGGGCCAGCAAGGUCAUUAUACACAGGAUACAGCCAUACACUGGUCAGCAGGAGGGGCAGACCACGGACCUGAGCAGUCCUGAUGGCGGAGAGAAGAGCAUUGUGACAGCAACCAUCCUCUAUGACAAGAAUGCAGUCGUCGAUUUGGACGAUUUACAAAAGAAAUUUACCAGUAUUGCAAACAGGAACUCAUCUUCUGUUAUAAUUACGCACAGAGUAGAGGAACCUGAGCCAGUUUAUAGAAGUGAAACAAGGGUUUUAUUCUGGAUUCUUCUCAUUUUCCUUCUUCUUCUUCUCUUGGGCAUCCUGACUCUCAUCCUCUGCUGUCUUUGUUCUUGGUGUCCCUACUACGCUUUUUUUCACAGCCUAGUGAGGAAGAAAAGCAGCAGUAGAAGUAGAAUCGUUGCCAUAGCUGCGGAGAAGGAGAAGCCAGCCGAAAAAGAAAACAAGUCUGUACAAGCGGAGUGGCAAAGCGCUCGAGCUAGGAGAGAAGCGUGGAGUGCCGAUGAGAGAAGAAUGUGGCACUUCGGUGGAAUCAAUGAUACUCCUCGCCGACUCUUACUGAUCCCAGAAAGGAACUAUAAUAAUCAAAAUCAACCAAAUGUUGUCUACACAAGGCAGGUUGAAGAACAAGCUGAGAAACCAAGACAACAAAGACAAGACAUUCUACUGAUGGAAGAUAUUGAUGGAACUGAAUACCAAGUUCUGGACCCUUCGAGACUUCGAGAACCUUCAACGAGGCAAUCUAUGUUCAUUCGGGAUGGUGGGGCAGAAAUAUUACGUCUUGUGACAAGGGGAAGAAAUGGAUCGGAAGAAGAACCUCAACUGAAUCAACCUCAAAGACCUUUUACUUUAGAGAACAAAGAAACAGAAGGUAAAGUAACCAUAAUGAAGCGAUUCAUAGAUGAUACCAAUGGACAACAGAUGCAUAAUAAAGAUGAUAAAGUAGAGGAGAGCAAACUCCGAAUACCCGGUGAAAUCGCUGAAGAAAGUGAAGAAGAGAAAAAGGAAGAUUUAAUGAAAAGAGUGAUGGAUCUAGAUGUUGAAAGAGACAUGUCUACAGCCGAUGUCAAUCGUUUAACUUCCAUACAAAGAGAUAUUCUUCUUACUCGUUUCCUAGUUGAAGAACAAAGACGAGCACGAGUGGAAGAUACACAAAGCUUACCUGGAGUAGUAACCAUGGCAACACAAACUGAUAAACAUGCGGAAACACAGACAGACCAUGUGUAUUUCAAGAGAAGAUCCAAAAGUGACAAUGAUGAAUCGCCUUCAGAUUCAGAAGAAACUGCCAAAAGAAAAUUAAAGCGAAGGCGAAGAAAACAGGUUGGCACAGUUGAGUUCCGCCCGGCAAGCCGAAUCGAGAUAAGUUCUCCUAUCUUUGAAGAAGGUGAAGAACUAAAACCACACAAUGUAAACCAAACGAAAGCUGGUUUACUUCGACAAACUGCAGUCAAAUCAAGGCUAGAUGAAGAAAACAUUAAAUUUCGAAGUAGCAGUGAUCAUGAAUCGACAUUUAGGAGGAGAGACGUUCUCCGUUCCCUUCAAGUUACUCCUAUAAAACAAAUGAAUAUAAUUAACAAUGUUCUCGUUGAACAUAUCCGUUAUAAAGAUCCCCCAUCUCUUAACACGCAGGAGACAAACACCGAUUCCAUGGAUCUAUCUAAUAGCAAGGAAAAGCAAAAACCAGAUAGAGGAGGGAUCAGAUCUCAGCCACCAACUCGAGAACCCUCCAUUACUCCAUCCGCAGGGCUGACUCCUCGGUCACAAUCACAAGCCAGGGCUAAAACUACUACUAGAUAUAUGGACUGGUACAAAACUAAAAAGGAAACACGUCAGAAAGAGAAGCAAGAAAAAGAUCCUAUCUUUAGGGCUCCGUCACAAAACAGGUUCAGAAAUAAAAAUCUAGUCGAAAAUACAACACAUACAAAAGAAAGGAAAAGAUGGACUGAUAAAGACGAUCAAGGUACAAACCAAAAACAAACAAUGAUUAACUUAAAACCAGAACCUGUCAAAGAAGAAGAAAUUGUUACCAGGCAAGAUAGGCUCAAUCAAGGGCUCGAUUCUGGCACAGCCUCACCUUAUCAAUUAGUUCCAACACAAUUAAAGAACCAGCAUUUUCUGGAGAAAAAAAGCAUCUUCACGAUAGCAUAUGACGACAUGGAAACUAAACAAUUAAGACUAGAUUCGGCUUCGUCCCCGUAA